AUGCCACCUCCAUCCGCGCAGUCAGAUGGUGCUCGAUUAGUCGCCGCCAAAGAAGCCAGGCCUCAAGGAUCCAGUAAGCACGGCGGCGGCGGUGCCAUCAAUUCUAGAGUGGCAAGUCGCACUGAAGAACGCGCGAGAGGCAAUGAGUUGAAGAAACCUGAGAAGCCCAUCAAUCAUAAGGGAACCAAGGAGCAGGUGUCCAUGAAACAAGGUCUCCACCACGUAAAGAAAUCCGAGGAAGCGCCUGAUGCGAAGGGAGCAUCACCCAAAGAAGAGCCGAGGAAUGGGGCUGAUGAAGUGGCACAAGAGCGAGAGGAAGAGCAAGAGCCCGUGGAGGACGACGAUGGCGUGCUCUGCUCCGUGUGCGCGAGCACCGACGGCGACCCGUCGGACCCCAUCGUGUUCUGCGACGGGUGCGACCUCAUGGUGCACGCAUCCUGCUACGGCAACCCGCUCGCGCAGGCCAUCCCCGACGGAGACUGGUUCUGCUCGCUCUGCAUCACCAAGAAGAGUAAGCCGGCGGUGUUCUUCCGGGACCCCGACGGCCGUGACGGCAUCGACUGCUCCCGCGUCCCCGCCCACCGGUUCGCCAAGGGUUGCUACAUCUGCGAGGGCAACAAAGGGUGCGCCCUCGAGUGCUCCCAACCCAAGUGCGGCCUCGGCUUCCACAUCUCGUGCGGCCUCGGCGCCGGCCUCUGCAUCGAGUACCAGGAGGGUAAGGGCGGCGCCAUCGUCGCCGGCUUCUGCAGAGAGCACACCGAGCUAUGGGAGAAGCAACAAGUGACAGGCAAGUACAAGAUUGUGGCGAGAGGACAAGAGUGA